AUGACGGCAAUGAAACGUCCAAUUCAUACGAGUGCUUUAGUAGAUUAUGUAAUACCCGAUGCACUUAUUUCUGACGUGGUUUCAAUCAAAAAUGUUAAUGAUAAUAUUGAUGGUGUUACUAGCUUUACAACAGGGCCGCAAGGUGGUAUUACGCACUGGAGACAGACUAUAUUUCUUCUUGAACAUGGAAUUCAUGUUAAAGAG